AUGGCUGCACCCAAACCGCCACCACCUGAUCAUCAUCAUCAACAACUUCCUCCUGCAUCAGAAACUCUCAAGUAUCAGACAUGGGUUUUGAAAGUCUUGAUCCACUGCGAUGGCUGCACAAAAAGAAUCAAGAAAAUUCUUCAAGGAAUUGAAGGUGUUUACACAACAGAAGUUGAUUCUAUGCAGCACAAGGUUACAGUUACAGGAAACGUUGAAGCUGAGACUCUCAUAAAAAAGCUUUCAAGAUCAGGAAAAUCAGUGGAACUUUGGCCAGAAAAACCACCUGAGAAGAAAGAUAAAAAACCUUCAACAAAAUCAAAGGAAGAUCAAAAGAAUGGUACUGAGCCAGUUGGUGAAAGUGGUCAUGAUCAUGAAGAUUGUAUAGAUGAUGUAGGUGAUGAUGGUGGUGAAGAAGAUUCAAAUCAUAAUGAUGGUGAUACUGGUGGGGGUGAUAAUAAAAGUGAAGGGGGUGCUAAAAAGAAGAAGAAGAAAAAGAAAAAUAGAAGUGGUUCUGUAACUUCUGUUCCUCUUAAUAAUGAUGGAGGAGAAAAAGUGAUUAUUAGUACAGAAAAAAUUGUUUCUCCCAACGAAAUUAUUGUCCCUCCAGUACUUCAGCAACAGCGUGGUUAUGGUUAUAAUAACCCAUAUCCACCACAUAUGUACUAUUCACACACUCCUCUUGCUCAUGCACCACCACCUUAUGGGUUAAGCUAUAACACAUCCUAUCCUGUUAAUACUACUUCUGGUUAUUAUGUUGGGGGUUCUAUAAUGCCUAUGCAUGCUAAUUACUCUAGAGCUCCACCACCUCCUCCUCCGCCGUCUGGUCCGAUUAAUAACUAUGGUUAUCAUCAUGAUCAUGAUGAAUAUGAAGGUGGAUAUUGCUCCAUUAUGUGA